AUGUCACAACAAGCGGCUUCUUCACGAACAGCAAAUCUUCUUCAAAAAGUCAACAUUGCAACAGUCACACUUGCCAAUGAAUUUAAACAAAUAAUAGAUUUAUCUAAGAAUUCGGGCAAAGAUAGUGCAACGGUCGCCUCGGAGGUAUACCAAACCGAGGCCAGUACAGCUUCCAUAGUUCAUGCAGCCGAGGACCUGCUGGCAGUCACUCGAGUGUUAAAAGAAGCAUGGAUUCUGGGACAGGUUCGGCCACAAGAAAGUGCGGAGCCUGUAUUAAAGGCACCCGAUGGUAAAAUCAUUGAUGUGACUGCCAUGGCGGAGCAGCUUCUUGAUGAAAUUCUUCAGGGAAGUUAA